UUAUCCUUAAAUAUUUUAUUUCAUAAUUUCCAAACAAAAAAUCUGCAGCUUUGAGAUCAAAGAAGAAAAUCAAGAUGGAAUUAGGUGAUCAUAGAAAUGGCAGAAGAAUGAGCAUUUUGAUGCUCCCAUGGCUGGCUCACGGCCACGUAUCACCGUUUUUUGAGCUCGCCAAAUUGCUGGCCGCCAAAAACUUCCACGUAUUCUUCUGCUCCACCGCCGUAAACCUCCGCUCCGUCCAACCGAAGCUCACUCCGAACCUCGAGACGGUGGAGCUCCGCUUACCAGCCUCGCCAGAGCUCCCGCCGGACCGCCACACCACCGCCGGCCUCCCGCCGCAUCUCAUGUUCUCGCUCAAGGGAGCCUUCGACGCGGCCGCCCCCGCCUUCGCCGCCGUCCUCCGCCGCCUCGCCCCGGACUUGCUCAUCUACGACUUUCUACAGCCGUGGGCGCCGGCGGAGGCUGCCGCAGCUGGUAUUCCGGCCGUCAUGUUCAACAACACAAGUGCGCUCAUGCCGGCCACGGUGUUGCACAUACUGGAGUUUCAAAGCGCGGAACUUUUCUCGCUUUUUCCUGAAAUUCGUUGCUCUGAAUAUGAGAUUAGACAGCUGAAGAACUUCUUUGGAUCUUCUGUGAAUGAUGCGAAAGAUAAGGAAAGAGUUGUGGGAUGUUGGGAGAGAUCUUGUGGCAUCGUUUUGGUGAAAUCUUUCAGAGAAAUCGAAGGGAAAUAUAUUGAUUUUCUCUCUACUUUGCUGCACAAGAAGGUAAUUCCCGUCGGUCCACUUGUUGAAGAACCAGAAGACGACGGCGUAUCAUCAACCUUCGAGGAAUGGUUGAACAAAAAGGAUGAAUCAUCUUCCAUACUCGUGUCCUUCGGCAGCGAGUUCUACCUAUCAAAACAAGACAUGGAAGAGAUUGCGUAUGGGCUAGAGCUUAGCCAUGUGAACUUCAUAUGGGUGGUGAGGUUUGCGGUUGGAGGAGGAGAGAGAAAGAAGGCCAUGGAAGAAGAACUCCCAAAAGGGUUUCUAGAGAGAGUCAAAGACAGAGGAAUGGUGGUGGAGGGGUGGGCCCCGCAGACUCAGAUCUUGCGGCACCGGAGCACCGGCGGGUUCCUCAGCCAUUGCGGGUGGAGCUCCGUCCUCGAGAGCAUUAAGUUCGGUGUCCCAAUCAUCGCCGCCCCGAUGCACCUCGACCAGCCGCUCAAUGCGAGGCUGAUCGAGUGCCUUGAUGUCAGCAUCAUCGUGGAAAGGGGUGGUAGCAAUGGUGGCAGCCUCCGUCGCGGAGAGGUGGCAAGAGCUAUCAAAGAGGUGGUGGUGGAUAAAAGUGGAGAGAGAAUGAGGAAGAAAGCGAAGGAGCUUGCAAAGAUGAUGAAGAAAAAAGGCAAUGAAGAAAUGGAGGUGGUUGUGGAAGAGCUGGUGAAAUUGGUGUAGAAAAAAGUUUAUUUAAAUGUUAAAUAACCUAUUGUAAAAAAUAAUAAGGGAAUGAAAUUAUAUAUGCGCAUGGAUAAUUACUCUUUCUUCCUUUUUUUUUCUUUGGAUAAUAACUCUAUUUAAUCUUUGAAUUUCAUAGUGCUACGUUUUUA